AUGAACCCCAGCCCAACUCACCAAAAGGCUCAGCUGCACGAAGUCGCAGACUUGAUGCUGGAGAUCUACCAGACCCUCGUUGACAUGCGAUACCUUGAUCCUAUGAGUAUCCAGAUGGGACCACACAACCUCACAGCACUCAACCCGCAGUUCCAAGAGUUGGACAUCGACCCCGCGGUCCAGUAUCUGUACAGCAUCCUGCCCUACAUCGACACAUCACUCGAUGGCACCGCAGACUUUCUUCACGGCGGCGAGUUUGCCGACUUUUUGCGACCCCGAGCAGGUGAAUCAGGGCCGCGAUCCCUUCUACGGCUGGGGAACCACGGGAGCGUGAUCGUCUACGAUGCGCGUCGGCACCUCAUAUGGAUCAUCGACCAGGAGGGCUGGGCGACGACCGACCUGGCGCUGCAGGAGGUCGAGGCCAAGGACCCCCAAUCGCCGAACCGGAACAGUUUCGAGCACAUCCCGCACCGUCCGGCUGGGGAUGCUCUUCGCGAUAUUGUGCGCUGGUAUCGCGGGCUCGACGAAAUUCCUCCACGAUGGGAGUUUGCGUGGUAUGACUGGUCGGUCGAACCGUAUGGCGUGCCCGUGCGGGCUCUGUACGAGAAGAAUGGAUGGCCGGAUGAGUUUGAUGGGGAUGCAUUCGAAGUCGAUUACACGCGGGCGUACGCUCGUCUUGAGGUUGACGAGUUCUCGCAGGAGCCGAUUGUCGACGUGGAGCGCCGUCGUGAUGCCGUCGAGUAUGCUGAGGGCUCCAUCACGCAUUGGAUUGAAUCGCUGGCCCGGGCGCAGACUAAGGAAGAGCAGUGGGAGGCGCGGUGGGCUAUCUGGGGCAGUGAGCGCGCACAUGCCAAUGCUGAAGACCAUCUGGUGCUGGCGGAGCGGUUAGCGAAAGCGCUGUGCCCGGGCGAAGUGUGUAUGCGGUCCCAGGAUCGUCCGCUGUGGGAGCUGCAGUGGUUGCGCGAGGAGGUCGAGAUACUGGAGUCUGAGGUUCGCGCGAUCGGAACAGAGUGGACUGCUGUGUAUGGCGAAGUGGAGGACGACAUCCCCCGUGAGCAGUGGGAGAUGGAGCGAUAUGCGGCGGAAAGACAACUGGCCGUCUACCAGAACGCGUACGAGGCCGCCCGCUUGGACGCGGAGCGGCUUUGUCCCGGUCAGACCUUCCAGUCAGUCACUGGAAGGGAAAAAUGGGAGUGGACGGUGAAAAUGGACCGACACCAUUUGCUUGACGGUAUGAUGGUCUGUCGUGAGCUGGCGGCUGCCAAAGCAUUUCUGGAUCAGCUCCCCGAUGACGUUCCAGCCGUUCGAUCGAGUGUUAUCGAAUUUAUCGAACAUGAUGUGUCCUGGCUCAAAACCUCGGGCUUGGACUUGCCUGAAAUCAAAAGGAUACUGGCUGGUCUUCCGGCCUGAGAGGUAGUGAAUACCAUUUAUUUCUUUGGUUUGAGGACGUGAUCUCUGAGCGUAGGCGUGCGCCCCGGCAUAAUAAUCGGUCCCAUUUUCUGUUCUACACAACAGAUAAAAUAUUGGGCAUCUACGAACCAAUCUUCUGGAGGUCGGCAGCAAGAGAGAUCAUGAAUAUGUAGCACUUUACUGUAGGGGAGUGUUUCGAACUACCAGCACCCAAAAUGUAUUAUUAAAUUAAUGAUCCAUAGUGCGGCCACUCAUGGCCAGCGAUGUCAAC